AUGGCAACAGAGAGAUAUAGGAGGAAUGUUAUUGCUAUGCUAAGAGAUGUGGAUGGAAAUGAGGUAACAGAUCAUGAGGGUAUGGCUGGUUUGCUUUGGAGGGAAUACAAAGAUAGAAUGGGUAGAUCUGAGCCUAUAUCUAUGCAGUUUGACCUGGCUAGAAUUUUAAAGGUGGUGGAUGGAUUGCAUGAGUUAACUAGACCUUUUGAGCAAAAGGAAAUGGAUGAGGUUAUUAAGAAUAUGCCAGUGGAUAGAGCUCCAGGGCCUGAUGGGUUUAAUGGUCUUUUCCUGAAAACAUGCUGGCCCAUUAUUAAGCAGGACUUUUAUAAGUUAGCUGCUGAUUUUCAUGAUGAGACCAUACAGUUGAGGAAUAUCAAUGGAUCUUUGAUCACCUUGGUUCCAAAAAAGCAAGCUCCUGUGCAAUCAGUGCUGAAUGACUUAGUGAUGCAAGGAUUGUUGUCUCUACCAAUUAUCACUAAUGAUCCAGACUUUCCUAUUGUGCAAUAUGCUGAUGAUACUUUGUUGAUACUUCCUGCUGACAAAGGCCAGUUAAUGUUGAUAAAGGAGGUUCUACUGAAGUUCUCUAUGUCUACUGGCUUGAAGAUUAAUUUUGACAAGUCCCAAAUGUUGCCAAUCAAUGUGCCAGAUGAUUUGUUGCAGGAAUUAGCUGCUGUGUUUGACUGUCAAAUAGUGGGGCUGACAAACCAGUUGGAUAGAAUUCUGAGGCAGUGCUUGUGGAGGGAUAAAGAUGGGGUGCCUAAACAAUCUUUGGCUGCAUGGGAUAUGGGAAAAUACCCCAUGAGGAGAAACUAUGUGGAUCCUUUUGGUGGAGGGAUGUUAUGA